UAAGGCCUCCUGCUUCGUCUCUGCACCCCUUGCAGGCCGUUCCAAUUCCCUCUCUCUCUCCCCCCCUAAACCACAAAACAACGAUCCUAAACGAACCAGAAAAUACAUGAGACGAUGGAUGGAUCUUUGGCUCCUCGACACAACUCAAAAUCAGUUUGAGCAUUGAGAAGACAACAAUGGAGAAUAAUGGAAAAGAUCAGGCGAGUCCCGAUGAGAGAGGCGACGCCUUGCAGUCCGGAAACAGCGUCGGAUCAGCGGCAGAUAAUCAAGAAAUGGUUGAGGAAGAAACAGAAAAUGCGAUCAGGGAGGGCGACGAUGUCGUAAAGGAAGAAGAGAUUACCGUGGGGGAAUUAGAAGUCGAAAAUAUUCAUUUCACCCUCGAAUCCUUGUCCGAAGAAUUCGAUCUCUUUCUCUCCACCUUGCAGAACGAAUGCCGUGAAGGCGCUAGGGAUGAUUAUCUUCAGAUCCCUAAGAUUGUAGGAAAUUAUUUGGAUAUAUUCGAGGAAAAACUAAGCAGAUACCAUUCGGGAGAGGGUAAGAUGAGGUGGUGCGAAGAUUCGUCGGAGGUAUCAGCGUUGAUGGAAGGCUCUGAUCGAGUGUCGAAGCUGAUGCGGUCGUUGAUGGAGAUCAAAUCGUGCUUGGAUCAUCAUGGCCCUUUGAUUAACCACGCUGGCUCCAUCCAGCAGCGGGCCAUGGCCUUCUUGGAAGAUGAGUUCCGCCUCCUUCUCGAAGAAGACAACAACAGUCCUCAGAAGGCGGAGCAAGACCAUCAUCAAAACGUGGAGGCCGCAUCUGAAGGAGACGAUAAAGUUACUCCCGAGGAGGUGGGCAUGGAUUAUCCAGGUUACCCUGAUGAAAUCGUGUCGGUGCUCAGGAACAUGGUGGAUCAUAUGAUUAGAGGAGGCUACGGAUCCGAAUGUAGAGAGGUGUUUUUGGUGGCGAGGAGGAACAUAUUGAUGCAGACUCUAAAAGAUGGAGAAUUUGAGAAAGUAAGCGUAGACGAGGUGCAGAAGAUGAGUUGGGAGACGCUAGAGAGAGAGAUUCCCAUAUGGAACAAGACUUUCAAGGACUGCUCCUCCCUGUUUUUCCCGGGAGAGCACAACCUCUCCGACAACAUUUUCCCGGAGGACAAUGGCAGCCUUUUCUGCAUCAUCACACACAGUUUGGCCAUCCAGUUCUUGGGUUUCGCUCAGGCGGUCGCAAUGACGAAGCGUUCCACCGAGAAAUUAUUCAAGAUUUUGGAUAUAUACGAGACCCUCAGGGAUCAUUUCCCUGCCAUGGAGAGCUUGUUCCCUCCAGAGUUCAGGAACGAGCUCAGAAAUGAGGCCAACAGCGCUCGUUCUCGCCUUGGGGAAACCGCCAUCUCCAUAUUCUCAGAUCUCGAGCACUCCAUCAAGUCUGAUUCCAGCAAAACCCCAGUUCCUGGAGGAGCUGUUCAUCCCUUGACCAGAUACACCAUGAAUUACCUCAAAUACUCGUGCGAGUACAAAGACACUCUGGAACAGGUUUUCAGGGAGCAUUCCAAGAUCGAGCGUUCGGACUCAACAAACGCAUGCAGAAACAACAAGGCGGGGGACACAGAUCAUGAUGAUGGCUCGCCAUUCUCGAGCCAGCUGAUGAGGAUAAUGGACUUGUUGGACGGGAAUUUGGAAGGGAAGUCGAAGCUAUACAGGGACGUGUCGUUGAGCAGCAUAUUCAUGAUGAAUAAUGGGAGGUACAUAGUGCAGAAGAUAAGAGGGUCACCAGAGAUACAUGGGGUGAUGGGGGACACGUGGUGCAGGCGGAGAUCAUCGGAACUGAGGAACUACCACAAGAACUACCAGAGGGAGACAUGGGGGAAGCUGUUGGGGUGUCUGGGCCACGAGGGUCUCAUGAACAAUGGGAAGAUAGUGAAGCCGAAUCUGAAAGAGAGGUUCAAGAGCUUCAACGCAAUGUUCGACGAGAUUCACAGGAUGCAGAGUUCAUGGGUGGUCAAUGACGAGCAACUUCAGAGUGAGCUCAGGGUCUCCAUCUCUGCCGUCAUCAUUCCUGCCUACAGGUCCUUCUUGGCCAGAUUCUCUCAGUUCUUGGAUCCUGGAAGGCAGACAGAGAAGUACAUCAAAUUCCAACCUGAAGACAUUGAGGAUCUCAUCGAUGACCUCUUUGAUGGCAAUGUCUCCUCUUCAACUGUCUCCAGCAGGAGAAGAACGUAGGCUAAUUGUAUGGACACAAAGUUUCUUUCUUUCUUUUUUUUAAAGAAAAAAUCUAAUUGCUGCUUCUUUGUUUCCUUCCAUGUACUUUUGGUACUUUUAUUCUUUGGGUUUUAAACGUAUUAUACACACACUUUCACAAAAGUCUUGAAGUUCCGUUGAUUUCAAAG